UGUGUGUGUGUUGUCUGAAGACUGAAACACACACGCGAUGGUCCGUGCACUUUAACAAACUAACAUAUCACUGUUUCCGAGGUUUGGGGCAUUUUUGCUGACACUUGUCAGACUUUGCCACACUCAAGAUGGCGACGUCUUCCUUCUAGCUGCUGAGGGCGACGUCACAUGACGUCACACGACGUCAGACGUGCGUACGGUUGUGUUGACAGGAGCCGUAGGAGUUGUCAGCGGAGCAGCAGCAGUAGCCAUCAUCACCGGAGCCGAAUGGAGUAAUCACAAAGAUAUUAUUCCACACCGCGUCCCUCGUACUAUUUAGCAAACAACGACGCCAUGGCAGAAGACCAGUCCUCUCAGUCCUGGACGAUCGACAGGGAUGACUACGAACUCAAUGAGGUGAUCGGGAGCGGAGCCACUGCAGUGGUCCAAGCAGCCUACUGCAAGCCGAGGAAAGAGAAGGUGGCCAUUAAACGCAUCAACCUGGAAAAGUGUCAAACAAGCAUGGAUGAGCUCCUGAAAGAGAUCCAGGCUAUGAGCCAGUGCCACCACCCGAACAUUGUGUCUUAUUAUACCUCCUUUGUGGUGAAGGAUGAGUUGUGGCUGGUGAUGAAGCUGCUCAGUGGUGGCUCAGUGUUGGACAUCAUAAAGCACAUCAUCUCUCGUGGCGAGCACAAGAGCGGCGUGCUGGAUGAGGCCAGCAUCGCCAGCAUCCUGAAGGAGGUCUUGGAGGGGCUGGAGUACCUCCACAAAAACGGGCAGAUUCAUCGGGAUCUAAAAGCUGGAAACAUUCUUCUCGGGGACGAUGGCUCAGUGCAAAUUGCUGACUUCGGUGUGAGUGCCUUUCUCGCGGCGGGAGGAGACAUGACUAGGAACAAGGUCCGCAAGACGUUUGUGGGGACCCCCUGCUGGAUGGCGCCCGAGGUCAUGGAGCAGGUCCGCGGCUACGACUUCAAAGCCGACAUCUGGAGCUUCGGGAUAACGGCCAUUGAACUGGCCACUGGAGCUGCACCAUAUCACAAAUACCCACCGAUGAAGGUGCUGAUGCUGACCCUGCAGAACGACCCCCCCUGUCUGGAGACGGGCAUCACAGACAAGGAGAUAGUAAAGAAGUACGGCAAGUCCUUCAGGAAGAUGCUCUCUCUGUGUUUACAGAAGGAUCCAGAAAAAAGGCCAACUGCAGCAGAGCUGCUGAAGCAUAAGUUCUUCACAAAAGCCAAAAACAACGAGUACUUGCAGGAGCGGCUUCUUCACAAAGGUCCCACAAUAACCGAGCGAUCCAAAAAGGUGCGUCGUGUGCCGGGCUCCAGUGGCCGCCUCCACAAGACGGAGGACGGCAUGUGGGAGUGGAGCGACGACGAGCUGGACGAGGAGAGCGAGGAGGGCAAAGCCGCCGUGGCAGCGCUGCGGUCCCCCAGAGUCAAGGACGGGCCUGAGAAUAUGCAGCUUUUCCCACCGGCCGAUGGCUCCGCACCACAUCUGCAGCCCCUUGGUGCUGCGAGCGAGAGCCCGGCCAACGCCGGCCAGUCAGGGGACGAUGCUCCUCCACAGGCGCCCGCUCAGACAGCAAGUCCUUCACCUGCAGCCACUGCUCAGGAUCCAGCUGUAGCGAAUGCCAGCGUCCCCAUAAGCCUCGUCCUGAGACUGAGGAACCCCAAGAAGGAACUCAAUGACAUCCGAUUCGAGUUCAUGUCCGGCAGAGAUUCGGCUGAUGGAGUUUCUCAGGAGUUGGUCUCAGCUGGUCUGGUUGAUGGGAGAGACUUAGUCAUUGUUGCUGCCAAUUUGCAAAAGAUUGUUGAUGACACUCAUAAUAACAAAAAUGUGACUUUUAAAUUGGCAUCCGGCGUGGAGGAGUCUGAAAUUCCCGAUGAUAUUAAACUCAUUGGAUUUGCGCAGCUCAGCAUCAGCUAAGUCAAGUCGAGCCACAAACAGAGGAUAGAAACUAAUGGUAUUGCACAGCUGCAUUGUAGUCAAUUCCAAGAAACCACUACUGCCAAAGAGAAGAGGAGGAGACCGGGAGCUGGCAGCAGUGGGACACUACUGCAGGAUGCACGAGGACCACGUUGGAAAGGGGCUCAGUUCAUAACAGGAAUCACACUUGAAACGUUUACAGUGCGCUUAUACAGUAAAUGGGAGGAGAGCAAUCAACUAUAUCAGCUCCUUAUUUCUUUCUUUCUCCCCCCACUUCAUUUACAUAAGCACAAUCCAAACCAUCUCCUGCCAGUACUGGAAGUGAUUGCCUUUUGUUUUCAGCGUUUCAUUUUCUUUCUUUCUUUAAUCAACUGUGCCACAAAACUCACUAGAGUGUCGUGCUUACUUUAUAAGGCACUUUAUGCUACACUGAAAUUGAAAAGCCUUAGUCAGUCAUAGAUAUUACCAGUUUGUUUGGCAAAAUAAUGGAGCUUACUUUGAUUAUUUGGUGUAUUUCAUGUAUGUCGAUCCGAGAGAUCUCAGAAAAGCUCCAGUAACGCUGACAAAUGACUCUGAGUCGCUUUAGUUUUAUAAGUCUGUACAUUCGGAUGGAUUUUUACGAUGACCGGAUUCCAGAGUGUGGUGGUUUAGUCAAAACGUAACCAAAGAGUUUAGGCUCUGCCCCCCUUCCCCUCUGAAACAACUGAAAUGUACACAGCACUGCAGCAGCAACCCGUCAGACACCGGCUCAUGUUCCCUCAUCGCUGCCUGCCUCAUAUUCCUGUACUAUGCAAUAGGUGUUUCCUUUUCUCUGUGUGUGACCACACGUCGCUAAUGAUAUUUCUCUCGGGUUGAAUAAUUCCACUUUUUGCGCUUGUUGCUCACUAGGAGCUCGAGAAGUUUGCCAGGCAGUUUUGCAACCUGCAGGGAGGUUUUACUUCCAAGUUUUCACAAGAAAUUGAACAUUUGACCCACGGCUGCAGCGCGUUGAGCCGGUUACUCGUUACUGAUUUCACAGCUCAGGAAGAAGCCAAUGAGUUGCUGUUGUCUCAGGCCGACUUGACGGGUCAAGUGCUGCACGUAGAAAAACUGAAACUGUUCAACCAAAGUGAAAUAAAGUUUAAAGGGGGAAUUUGGGAAAAUGGAUUUUUUUUUUUCUGUCACUUGUCUCAAGUGGUUUUACGCAGAUAGUUUGGUGUUAUUCGCCUCCGUUUCCCACAGCUGUGUUUUAGUGCUCCUUAGCGAACGUUAGCAUGCUAACAUGCUAAACUAAGAUCACGCCAUUGGACAUCACCCUGUGAGCUGGUCGGCGGGCGUGCGGCUGCACACGCUUGGUUUCGUUGCCAUUUACCUGCAUUGAGAUGGAUCACUGAAAAGCUCAACAAAUAAAACCUCAACACAUAAAACCCAAACCAUCUGCACGCCCAGACACCCCCGGUACACCGUUCAGACAUUGGCACAAGUGGCCCUUUAAACGUCCAGGGGCCGCUUCACAAGCAGCAACAGCUCCGUCGCCGCUCCUCGUGCAGCUCGGUGUCUUUGUGUCGCCCCGAAGGGCUGAAAACUGGCUCCUAGUGGUACUGAUGUAAGUGGUGUAUGUAAAGACUCCACGCGCACACCCAUCAUGAGGUUGUUGUGUAACCAUGUAGAUGCAUCGACUGUUCACUUGUAAAUGGAGAUGAAGGCGGAAUGAGACUCCGUUGGAUUUGCUUUGCAGUCUUUCCCCGGUUCACUCAUCAUGCACACACUCUGCUGAAUUGGCACCUUACUGACAUGUUAACGCGAGUGUGUUCAUCACUCUGCAGGUGAUGUCAUGACGUGUCCCCGGCUGUGUAAUGAGACGGAGCGCAGGUCAAACUUCUCUCCCUGUGUGUGAUAAAAUGAUUGAUUAUCAAAGGCUUUAAGCUGAAAGGCACUUCGAGGUCCUACUUUACUUUCCUCUUUGUUCACUCAUCAGAAAAUCACCGUUCUGUCUCUUAUGGAGUCACUGAAUGAAUAGUAUUUAAUCAUUUAAUUGGCAAGUACAUUUUUCUUUUUUACAGAUCAUUACAUAUAUUUAAAAAAAAAAAAUUGAUUACGAAAUGCAUAAUUUGAAGUGGAAUAUUUGUGAUUACAUACAAAAGCGAUUCCUUGACAUGUAUCUUAUUAGAAAUGACAACACAUGCAAAUGAUUUUAGUAGCUGAAUAAAGUCACAUGAUGAAAUCCAA